GAAGGGGAGGCAAAAAGCGCACCAUGGAGAGCUUCGGCACGGAGCUCAAGGAAACGCCGUACCCGCUGAUUGCGGCGUUGGGCUCGCGCGAAUUGCAGAGCAAAGUUCUCCCACUGGUGCGCGUGGCCAACGAGGAGUUCGUGCCCAAGCUACACUUCACGUCGCUGCCCCGCGAGCACAGGUUUCCUGCGAAGAAGGAACUACGCGAGAAACACGGAACUUUCCCCAACCAGACGCAGCGCGACUUCGAGGGAUACCGCGCGCAGGGCAUUCUCAAAGCGCGAUGGCUUAAGAAGCACCACGAGCUUCUACCGGCGGUCGUGCUGCUGUUUGACGAGUUUGAUCCACGGUGGAGUCCUCCAGACUGGCAGCAGAGGGAGACGGCACUCCGCGAGGAGGUCGAGAAACUCAAACGCACGCUAUCAGCAAGAGAAUGUCGCGUAAUGCUGAUUCUACUGCAGCAAGUUGACGAUGCUGGGGUGGCGCCCAUGAAUACGACGGAGGAGCGCCUGACUAACCUUCGAAGGAGACUGGACUCUGAUGCAAAGGGGCUUGUGCUCUUGAGAUCCAGAGACCUCGUGCGUGGAUCUGCUAUGCUGGUGAAGUUGGAGUCGUCGAUGCGCAAUAUGGCGCUCGAGUACUACAAGGCUCAAUCGAAGCGAGUGAAACGGUAUAAGAAGGCGCUUGCAAAGACGCCCGGCUACCAGGCAUUACACGCGAGAUUGAGCUUCAAGAUCGCUCAUUACUACGAGUUCCGCCGCUAUACGACCAAGGUUUUGCAGCACUACGAAGCGUCGUACAGGGCCAUUAUCGCGUUGCCACUUCACGAGAACGAGGCAGUUGAUGGGAUCGCGUACACGCAGGUCAUGACAAUGGCCGAGUUUGUGAACUUCAAGCUGUGCUAUCACUUGAUCUUCUCGUCGAACAAUAUCAAGGGUGCAGUGGACCAAUUACAGCGUCACAUGGGCGUAUACUCGCGCGCUAUAAUUGUGGCGGAUCGAGCGUACGAACACUGGGAGUGGGUUUCUCGACAGUACCAUGUCUUCGCUCAAUUACUGGCUGAAGCUACUUCCAUUCGAGGCUCGUUAGCCAGCACUGGCUUGGAUUCGGACGUGUAUAAGGAGCCGUAUUUAUAUUACUCCAUUGCAGCAAAGUACGCGAUGUUUCGGAGGAAGGCGGUUGCGAAGCUUGGACUUACGGCUACGACAGUGGCACCCACAGCAACUCCCAAUGGCGAGGCUUUAUCGGAACGCGACUUUGUUGUGGUCCCGUCUGUUUAUGUUGGAGGCGAUCCCGUGGUAUCUGACGCCAUUUCCGCAUCACAAGACCCUUCCAUAGCAGCGCUCGUGAAGUACCGACAUGCAAUGGAGAGGACUGUGCCACAUGCAAAGCGGUCUAUUGUUCUUUUAGAACACGCGAUUCAGCAUCUAACGAUGUAUGUUGCUGACCACAAUGCCCCACGCAGUCGAAUGAAAAGCCGACUACUUGUUCAUUUGGGCGCGGAAAGACUUGCGUGUGGCGAGUAUGAGCGAUCACGAGCAGAGCUACAAAAGGCGAAAGCAACGUUUGCUACUGAGAACUGUUGGGCUCAGACGGCUCAGAUUCUAAAACAAUUGCUGAUCUGCACCUUCCGCCAAGGAGAUACUGCAGCGUAUCUGGAUUAUUCGCUGCAGUUAUUAUCGCCAGUUGUGGAGGAAUUUGUGUCUGCUAAGGAGCGCGGACGUAUCCAGGAUUCGUUUUUAACAGCGUGGAGGAGCCCAGUAGCACUUGGGGCUCCAUUUACGGAGAACUCGGCGCUUGGAAACGGCCACGAAGUUGCGUUGGAUCGGUCGCGCCCAGUGUUUGCGUUAACAGCACAAUUCGAUCGUGCAUGUGCUUGUGUGAAGGAAGAGGUGACGCUCGAGCUGGAGUUGCGACCCCAUUUCCCAUCACCGCUUGUGAUGUCGAAGAUUGAGUUGGUGUUCAAUGACGAGCGCUAUCGCACUGUGAUCUCCCACCAAGCCGACGUGGAUGCUGGAUCGUUGGCUUCUGCUGAUGGAAAGCUAUUUACUUCGCUGGAAUUUACUCACAAAAUGGUUAAAAAGCUCCGCGUUCCGUUGCGUGUGCUGGACGGUCGACAGAUGCUUUCGAUUCAGGAAGUGCGGUUCUAUUUGAGCGGAGACCACAGCGCCGAAGCUAAUGGUGUGCUUGCAGACGGAGCGAAGCCAGAGGAAGAGUUCUUGAUCUUCAGCCUGCUGGUGGAACGAGCGUCUGUCGAGCAGCGGGAAACGCCAUUGCCGUAUUUGAUUAAUGGACGUGUGCCUGCCAUGGGCAAUGGAUCUGCAUCUCCAAGUUUCUCGAGGAGAAAGUCUAUGUUCUCACUUGUCGAGGGUCUGCGACCUGGCCAAGCGGACGCAGCAGAACCGAUUCAAGAGGACGGUACGGCGCAUCUCCGAGGCUCGUCAUUGAUGAUUCUGCAGCCUCGUGCGAAGGCUAAACUGUCAAUGCUCUCACGCGAGCCACUUUUGACUGGGGAUUACCGCGAGCUUGCGCUCAAGUUGUCUGCCAAUGAAGAUAAGCUGGAGAAUACGACCUUCCAAGUUGCAUGCGAGCCCCCGCCGGCAUCAGUAUCACCAAAUGAGGCGUUCUUCUUUACAGAGCAAGCAGGUGUGUUAAUACCCGUGGUAUUGGAUGCAAAUUUACAACCUCGGGACGUCAUCCCGCUUCCCAAUAAAGACCCAGGAACCGAGGAAACCUUGCGGGUAAUUGUGCGCUCAAUGAGGGCAACCCCUGUGACUCUAAUUGUGUCCGUCACAUACACGACAAAAGCUGGAGUGGCGGUGAGUUUUGACGAACGAUUUGAGUUGAUCUGUCACGAUCCGUUCGACAUACAAGGAGGUUUGAUGCACGACUUCCUCAGCGGUGGUGGCGUGCCUGGAGCCGCUCAAAUGCCAAAGGGUACGUACGGCUGUGUGGGUAACUCGGUGAGCUUUCAAGGCAGCGUCACUUGUACAUCAGGCGAGUCAUUAAGGGUGCUUGCACUAGAGUUUGAGGCGCAUGAGACGAACAUGAUCGAAGAUUUGGCUGUUUCGGGGUUUGGUCCGGUAUCUACUGAAAGCAGUGAGGACGUGUGUGCGACCUUCAACGACGGUGAUUCUCGGUGUUUCUGCCUGCGGUUAGUGCCGAAGGUGGCGUCUAACUUUGUGACACUGGGUCGUGUCAAGGUGCUUUGGAGACGCGAAUCCUCCACCAUUAUCAAUACCCCGGAUGGUUCUCACAACGAUGUCGUGAGCACGUGGCUGGAGAUCCCGAUGGUUUCAUUCGUGGAUGCCCCGCUCACUUUCAGCGUGGAGACCCCGUCGUUUGGUGUUGAGGGAGUAGUUGUCUACAUGGACGUGAGGGUAAAGAACAACGAGGCUGUUUUCCACAGUCUACGCGUGAAGCCUGUGGAUGCGGAGGGAGCGUUCUUCAUCUCUGGUCGAACGAAUGCGACGGAGGACUUGCUUCCUUUCGACGAGCAAGUGUUCCGGUUGGGUUUGGUGCCAACAAAGACAGGCUACCUACGUCUACCCCGCUUUGAGAUCGUGUCGCUGACGUACAACCUCCCGUUCACCAACCCAGACGAGCGCCAAGAGUUGUUUGUGCUUCCCCGGGAGUCGCCCGACUGGGAUCCUGCCAAAUGACUGCUGAAGUCGUAGCGAGUUUGCGUGUGAUAGACUUAUGGAGCGCUUGCUUUGAGAACUUCAACACGAAUGAAAUGUUAUGGCAAGA